AUGUAUCUGCAAGGGGGUGUUUCCUCCGCUACGUUCUUUACCAAGCCAUCGCCUCCGCCGCGCACUACCAUCCUUAUCAGCGGGGCUAUCACCCAUCCCGAUGCCCUCUACGCGCGUUCCCGAAUGGUUCGGCCUGGUCGCUGGAAGAUGCGUGCUCCCGGUCAGCGUGUAGGGGAGACUCAGCAUGUUCGUCGCGGGAUGUACAUCUGGACCAUAGAUGGUGUCAACCGCACCGACAUGACCGGCCGCGUCAAGAAGGUGAUCGCUGUCAGCAAUCGUUUCGUUGUGUACGAGUUGGAUGGUUCUACUCAGUCGUAUGAAGAUGGGAUGGUCAUUUCCGUUCGUUCGAGGCUCGUCGUCCCUUGGCAGUCUUCGGAUGUUAAGCUUUGGGAAUGGCGGUGGUUGAAGUGGAGAGGACAUUUCUGGGGUAGUUUAGACAUUGGUCGCGAUAUGUGGGAGCCCUAG